AUGUGGGAUAAACUUCGUAAAUUCGGCCUGCAGUACUGCGAUCUACCCACUAUGCUGUGGAACGUCUGUUUCAUGCUCAGAGCUCUUACCGUCAGUGUGGAUAGCAGGAACCCGGCUAGGAUACCCAUAAUCUUCUACAUAUUCACCACGGUCAUAUCCACCUGCUACUUCUACGUGUACCUCGUAUCAAUGGUGUGGUUCGUGUUCUGGAAGUGCCGCGAGACCGGUGACGUCAUCGCCGCCAUGAUCGUCUUCUCGCUCGGCAUCAGCAGCGAAAUCGGCCCUUGCAAGUUGUUCUAUAUGUUUAUGUACGAGAAAGUAAUCAAAAACAUCGUCGAUGGAUACUUGGCUUGCGAUGCUCAGACUCUGAAAAGCGACCGAUUCUGCCAGAAUUUGCUAAAAGGCCUAAGAGUCGUAAAGAAACGUGGCCUAAUCUUCUGGAUGGUCAUCAUUGGGAAUGGCACUAUCUACAUCAUGAAGCCCAUUGUCACACCUGGAAGGCACAUUAUGGAAGAUUUGUUUAUCAUCUAUGGACUCGAACCGAUGUUUGAAUCACCCAACUACGAGAUAGGCUUCCUCCUCACCGCUGGAGGCGUAAUUUGCACAUGCUACCUCCCUGCCAACAUCACAGCCUUACUCACGGUGCUCAUCGGCUACACCGAAGCCACCAUGCUGGCCCUUAGCGAGGAGCUCGUCCACCUUUGGAGCGACGCCCAGGAGCACUACAAUAAAUACCUGUUAGAAACCGAAGCUGACAACGCUGGUGCAUUGGUCACCUCAACCAAUGAUAUCAAAAACCAAAUCAUCAACAAAUACAUCAAACAAAAAUUACAACAAAUAGUAAAAAUCCACACCACCAACAUCAAUCUCAUCCAGCAAAUCGAGCACGUAUUCCGAGGGGCCAUAGCUGUGGAGUUUCUUCUACUCAUAACUGGUCUCAUAUCGGAACUGCUCGGGGGUCUCGAGAACACCUACAUCGAAAUGCCUUUUGCACUGAUGCAAGUCGCGAUGGAUUGCCUGACCGGCCAGAGGAUGAUGGAUGCGUGCGAUAAGUUUGAAAACUCCGUAUAUGACUGCAAAUGGGAGAACUUCAAUGUUGCCAACAUGAGAACUGUGCUGCUGAUGCUUCAGAACGCACAGAAGACCAUGGUGCUAUCUGCCGGAGGAAUGACUCAACUGAGCUUCACGUGUCUGAUGACUGUGAUAAGGUCGAUAUACUCCGCCUACACGACAUUGCGAUCAAUGAUGGCGUAAUACUACACAGAAAAUAGAUUUUUAACCUGAUAGUAGCGUUUACAAUUCAUUAGCAAACAAAGACAAGAUUAGUUUGCAAUAUCGAUUAGCAAAUCAAUGAUAAAAAGUAAAUUUUGAG